AUGAAGCUACGGAUUUCCUGCAUUGCGUGGGCGCAUGGUACCUAUCAUAUAAUCACCCUGUUCUCGCUCGGCCAAAGCCAAGGCCAUUGGAUUACUCGAACUAUCAGUGAGCAAACGGGGUUCGACUCAUUCUGGCAGCCUCGGAACGCGGGUAAUCGUGCUGACUGUCUUGGCGGCAGCCUGCUGACGAAUUCUCGCCAAAUCACGCAUGUGCGACCUGAGGCAACCGAGUGCCAUACCCACCUCAAAACAUUGCAGUGGGACUUAGAAAUUGACCUCUCCAAGCAGUGA